CACAAGCGCAGCGAGGAAAACAGAGUUAUAUUUCCGACUUUCCUGUUGAAAAAAAUCCCAUGUGUGCGUGGCUCAAGACGCAGUCUGUAUAAUGAUUGAGAACAGUGGAAUCAUCGUAAUAAAUUAUCCGUAUACUCUGGGCCCGUCCGUUUGUUAAGUGCAUGGGAGGAGAGCAAAACAAGGCAUGCUGAUGUCCAGUCUUGCUCAGUUUUCUUAGGAAGCAGAAGGCGCCCGACGUCCUUGUUCAACCAUGGUGCGAAUUGGCCGCAGGUGGAAGCAUCUUUUAACCCUACCUGCGUGCGUUUACUUCCUCGUUCUUCUCCUCCAAUUCUUCAGUUGGCAUGUGACCGACCUCUCAGCUGCUGGGGACUGCGGCGUGAAACAAGCAGAGGAAAUGAGCCCCGAAGACGCAGCCGCCGCCGUCGCAUCGGGCACGUUGAACUCUCCCUUGCUCUACAGACACAUCCUUCCUCCGGCUAAGUUUGAGGACGUCAAGUUUGCUCGAAAAUUCUCGCUUCCUGUUCCAGUCACCGAUCAUAAAGAAUUCUUCGGCCUACCAGCUGGGUUACCGCCGCACUACAGAAUCUCGGAUCACACGAAUACCACAGAGAUCAAUAUGCAGGCACUUGUAACCCUUGUGAAGAUUGCAACCACGAUAACAUUCAGAUGCAACAAAAUCCUGAAGCAAGGGGGAAGGACCUGCCAGAGAGUACCUGAUGGGGAUAAAAAAUUCUGCGCAGACGAAACCGUGGCGCCCCCUACCAGACCGUGCAUAGUAUACUCCAUCGGAAUCGGUCAUGACUUCAGUUUCGACAAAGCCAUGGGAAGCUACGGGUGUGAUGUGUUUGCCUUCGAUGAUGAUAUUUACCAUGACAUAUACAAGCGAAAUCCAUUCCCGAGGGUUCACUUCGCUCAUAUUCGGCUGGGGAAGUUGGUUCUCGUCGACACGGAAAUCAACAACAUUAAGAACAGCACUUUCGACUUCUUAUACCGUCCUCUGGAUAACAUCAUGUAUAUUCUUCAGCACCAGAAGUCGAAUAUCGAUUUUCUAAAACUGGACGUCGAGGGACAAGAGUGGGAUAUUUUUGAAGAGUCGAUCUUUAAGACGGACAUCCUGGAGAGGACGCGUCAGCUGGCCAUCGAAGUGCACAUGAAGAAGUUCUGUGAGAAGGACCUUCCUCCCGCUGACCUUAAUGGUGCCAUCAACAAGUAUCUCCGCUUCUACGAGGGACUCCAGACGCGGGGCUUCCAACUCGCCCACCACGAGCCGAACUACAUGGGUGACGAGGGCGUGGUGACCGUGGGCGGCAUCACCUUCGCCCCUUUGGCUGAGCAGCUGUGGGUCAACACGAGGGUGCGUGAGGGACGUCGACCGCGUUAUAGGCGUCCUAUCGACUUCUAUGUGGAGAAGUUAGAAGAGUGAUGGAUAGAUAGGAUUAUUUAUUUUUUUAAACAUAGAUAAAAUCGGUUGAUAGAUGGAACUGAACUACAUAGAAAACUGAGGGAUGGUUAGGAUUUUUUAUGUGUUGUAGAGAGAUUGAUGGAAAUAAAAUCAGUCGAUAGAUAGAGAGUAUAGAAGGGAUUGGAUAAGAGAAAAUUUUCUUUUUAUAUAAUAGAUAUAUAGACGACAAUAAAAACGGUCAAUAGAUGGAACUGGAUAAGUUAGAAGACUAAGGGAUAAAUAAGAUGUUUUUUUUUUGUUAUCAUAUUAUAGAUACGUAGAUGGAAAUAAAAAUCAGUCGAUAGAUACAAAGGAUAGAUGGGAUUGUAUAAGUUUGAAGACUGAGGGUUAAAUUAAGAAUAUUAUUUUAUUAUAAUCAUUGUAUAAGAGAUGAUUUGAUGAAAAAAGUUAUUGUGAAACAAAAAAGU